AUGGCCGACAGUGACGUCCACCAAAGGGUGCAAAGGCUUCUAGCCGAAUAUCCCCUCAUAGAUGGGCACAAUGACCUGCCGAUACAACUACGAAUACACUUUCACAACAAGAUCUAUGAUCCCAAAUGUACUUUUCGGGAUGGGCUUUUCACCGAGACAGAUCUCGUCAAACUCAAGAAAGGACAAGUCGGAGGGCAGUUUUGGAGUGUUUAUGUUGAAUGUGGUGCGCCCAAUGAAGAUUGGAAUGAUGAUCAGAGUGCCGUUCGCGAUACCUUGGAACAGAUCGAUGUCAUCAAACGACUCAUCGACGACCAUGAGCAGCUGGAGUUGUGUACCGAACCAGACGCCGUGCUCACAGCCUUUGGGAACGGCCGUAUAGCCUCCAUGAUUGGAGCUGAGGGCCUGCAUCAGGUCGGGCAUUCGAUAGCCAACAUCCGCAUGCUCUUCGAACUCGGUGUCAGAUACAUCACCGUCACUCACAACGCCAACAACGCAUUCGCCACCUGCGCAACCCAUGUCACUGCCGGCGGUGAUGACGCUGGUCUAACCGAGUUCGGAGUCGCAGGCAUCAAGGAGAUGAACAGACUAGGCAUGCUAGUCGACCUGAGUCAUGUAUCUGUAAAGACCAUGGAAGACACUCUCGCCGUGACCCGAGCACCAGUCAUCUUCAGCCAUUCCGGCGCACGAGGUCUGAGCGACCAUGCCAGGAAUGUCCCGGACCACGUCCUUCGCCGCGUUCGCAAGAACAGAGGAGUUGUCAUGGUUCCGUUUGUCACUGUUUUCUUGAAGGUGACAGACCCGGACUCUGCCUCGGUCGAAGACAUUGUCGACCACAUUUAUCAUAUUGUUGGUAUCGCGGGCUGGGAUCAUGUGGGGAUCGGGAGCGACUUUGAUGGUUAUGCGCCUCUACCAAAGGGUAUGCAGGACACAUCUUGCUAUCCGAGUCUGAUUGUAGCUGUCUGCGCCAGAGGAGCCACGGAUGAACAAGUGAAGAAGCUGAUGGGAGGAAAUGUCCUCCGUGUAUGGCAUGAAGUCGUGGACAUUUCUCAGAAAAUCAAAAAGACCGGAGAGAAGCCAAGCGAAGUCACGGCGCCUGGUCGAAACUGGGGUCUAUCCGACGCCAAUCUUUCUGGCUGA